GGUGUUUUAAUUGUAUAUCUGAUGUAAAAGUUAUGGCCACAGCUUCUUUAAGUGGACGUGUAUUUAAGUCUUCUACUGUGUCAUUAACUGACAGUGAUACUAUAGUGUCUACUCAUCCAUUAAAAUAUAAAGAUUAUACACAGAGUGACUUGGAACAGGCAUGCAAAGCUGUAAGGGAGGGAUUAUCAGUCAGAAGAGCAGCAGAGGAGUAUCAAAUUCCCAAAUCUACUCUCCAAGAUCACAUUUCUGGUAAAGUGUUAAGUGGUAGUAAAAGUGGGCAGAGAUACUUAACUGAGCAAGAAGAAGAGGAACUGGUGACUUUUAUUUUGGAAGCGGCUAAAACUGGUUUUAAUCAUACUAGGAAGGACAUAAUGUCAUUAGUUCAGACCACAGUCAAUGCAAAGGGGAAGAAUGUUACUAUAUCAAGUGGGUGGUGGGAUGGCUUUAAGAAACGACAUCCUCAGGUUUCCCUUUGUAUGACUGAACGCCUUGCCAACAAUCGUGCAACAUCCUGUACUUCUGAUGUCUUAAACAAGGAACAUUUUCAAAGAAAACUAGAGGAAGGUUAUGGUAAUAGUCGUUAUAAUGUGUGGAAGGACAAACCACUGUCGCAGGAGAAAUGUGUAUCAUCAUCACACAAUAUUGGUUCGAUUUCUUAUCCCUAUACUCCUGAAGUUACUCCUCCAUCAUUUUCAACUUCAAUACCUAUUUCUUUUGCUGGUACUGAUAGUACAGUUUUUGUUGGAAUUACUAUGUAUAUUGUACCACAAAGAAAAUCUGAGCAUGUUACUGCUACAUCAAAGUCUACUGUUCUUUCAAAAUUCAUCAGUCAAGAAAAACCCCAAGCUGCUUUUAAAGUUCCAGUGAUGCCAUUAAAGUCCUGUGAAAAAAUUCUGACCAGUGAAGAGAAUUGGAAAGCCAUGGAAGAAAAGGAAAUGAAGAAACAGGAAGAACUUAGAAAAAAGGAAGAGAGAAAGGAAACACGAAAUCAAGCUAGAAUUCAGAAGUUAUCUAAACAAGCUGAACCCUCAAGAAGAAAGGCAGCCAGUACUCAAGCAUCAUCAAGUAUUGCUCAAUCACAGGAAGAUCAUUCUUUUAGUGACUGUUGUGUUGAAGGCACAGAAAUACCAUUAGAAAGAAGAGCUACAUGCACCACUAGUACUGUAUUCUUUGGUAAUAAAGGUACCAGAAACUCAUCUCCAGUUGCAGCAAGUAGAUCUUCUUUAACUCAUUCUAUAGGUACUAUAAACUCGUCUCCAGUUGUAACAAGUGAUUCUACUUUAACUCGUUCUAAAGGUGCCAUAAACUCAUCAGUUGUGACAAGUAAUUCUAUUUUAGCUCGUAAAGGUGCCAAAAACUCAUCUCAACAACAAGUUAUUCUACUUUAACUCAUUCUAAGGGUACCAUAAACUUAUCAAGGGAUUUGACUGAUUUCUCUACUCUGUCUUGUUUCAAAGAUACUGUGAAACCAUCAACAGCUGAAUUGGAACAGUACUGUAUUUGUAAGAGAGAAGAAUUCGGUAACAUGAUAUUUUGUGACAAUGAAGCAUGUUCUAUUGGCUGGUGGCACUACAGUUGUGCUAAUGUUAAAAGAAAACCAAGGGGGUCAUGGUAUUGUCCACUCUGCAUCAAACUAAAAUGAAAUUUCAUUAACCACCUUGUAAAUCUCGUUAUUUUUAAUGAUCUAUUUCAUUCUGUAUGUGUGUUUACUCCAUCACUUAUUGUUUUAUGCACUGUAAAUAAUUUCUUGAUUUAAGGA